AUGUCAGAAAUUGUCGUCUAUGAAGAUUCCCCAAUGGCCGAAUAUCUACAGUCUGUUGAUAAACCAGAAACGACAGUAAAAGUGGCUCCACUUAACCUUACAAACAAUAAGACAAAUGACAGCUCUAUUAGCAAAAGACCAAGCAUUUCACGCAUGUGGAGACAUUCCAUAUUUCACGAUGCAUUCUCAAUUUCACUUCCCAAGACCGAAGAAGCAGCCUUUGAAGAAAAAUUCAAGUAUCUGGUUGUCACGUCACCUCUUCUGAAUGAAGUGCUCACAUUCCAUCAUAAUAAGCAAAGGCACCGGUUCACGGAACACCUCACUUUUCAAACGAACGGGGCGACUAAAUUAGGUGUCACCACCAACCUGGUUGCUACGUUGAUGCUACUCUUCGGAGUUGAGCGGUAUACCUUUCGUCCGCGUAUUCCACUCAUGACACUCGCCUGUUCCACAUCGGCGUCACUAUUCUACAUCUACAGGCACAAACGACGCUCAUCGAUCCGACAGCUUUAUCAAUCAAUUUUGUCCAAACUGCAAUCUUUCAUUGAACAGUGUGAUACGUUUGAUACAAAAGUGCAACGAGUACUCAUCACCAUACAAGAAAUCGAGCUCGUAUCCAGAGGCUACCGACUGUCUACACCCUUAUCUCCAAUAUCCCGCAUCGAACAAAACAGUAAACAAAGAAAAUGUGUUCAUCUGAGAAGCCGGUUAGCAUCUAUUCUAAGAAGAGCAUUUAUCGUCUACGAAGAAGGCAUCAUUGACUUGGUGAACGUGAUCGAUAAGGAACAUCUACUCAGUCUUUUCGAAAUGUACAAUGUUCACUCGAUUGCUUCCCUUUCCGCCGUCGAUAGUAGUGAGGAUUCGUACAGUCUCGAUCAAUUGAAAAAAUUGACACAGAUUAUGCAUCUCAAACGAAGGGAGUGUAUGGUUCAUUUCCUCGCUUUAGGUACUGACAUUGAUCAUCACGGUUGGAAAAUAGUCAAUGACAUCUUGAACCAUUUUUUAAAGGAAAUCGAGAACUUUACAAAAGAAAUGGUGGAGGCCCUGGACGCUGAGUUUUAUAAACCAAUCAACACAUUUGAUACAAAGACCAGCAAGAUCAUGGACUCUCGAUUAAAAUUGUUCAUCCAUCGAUUAUCCUCUCUCGAACAAGAAUUACGGACACUGGAGGCAAAGGUUUAUUUAUGUAACGAAAGCGUGCGGCAACUGAGUCCCGAAUCAGCCGAGGAGACGAAAGAAAAGUUACUCAGCGACUAUUUAUCUGUGCAAAAGGUAUUUCAAAAUAUGCUGUUGGAAUGGGAAAAUGGAAAAGAAGCACUUCAAUCCUAUUUGGAAUUACCAUCAGCUACAGUUGCAAAAGAAGAGACGAAGGCUGCUGAAUCCGCAGAGAUAGAGGAAGAGGAAAUUCAAGAUGAGUCUGAAGGCAAGGGCAUCAUUCUCGAUUCAGAAGACGUUGCUGAUAUUCUCAAUCUACCUUCAAAGGCUUCAGUGUAUGAGGCUAUUGCUGGUGUGGUAGAAAAGAAUGGGAAAGAAAGACCAAAAAAAUCUCGAGAUGAACGAAUUCAAGAAAUGAAGCUAAAGCGAGCUCAAGAGGCAGAAAAACGCGCUGAAAAAAUAGAUUCAGAGACAAUGGUCCAUGAGCUGAAAAGUGUACUUUAUAAAAGAAGCACAGAACUAGAUUUACAAGAAGACUAA